AUGAAGGUCACUUUCAAGGAUCUGAAGCAACAAAAGUUCACGCUCGAUGUCGAGCCCACCGAUCUUGUUUCGGCCGUGAAGCAGAGAAUCUCCGAGGAGAAAGGAUGGGACCCCAAGGCGCAGAAGCUCAUCUACUCCGCUGCUGACCUGUAUCAAGGCAAAAUUCUCAAGGAUGAAGACACCGUUGCGACCUACAAGAUCGAAGAGAAGGGAUUCGUCGUCUGCAUGGUCAACAAGGCUAAGCCAGCUCCUGCUGCCGCUGCCCCUGCUUCGUCGAGCUCUGUCCCCGAAACUCCUGCGCGAUCGACUGCCGCGACUCCGGCUGCUCCGCCCGCUCCCUCUCAUUCCGCAGGUGCCGCUGCCGCUGUCCCCGCCACACCGUCUCCUGCGCCUGCCGCCGGUGGCCAGAGCGGGACCGACAGCUCUAUGGCCAUGGGUGCCGAGCGCGCUGCUGUGAUCGCCAACAUGGAAGCUAUGGGAUUCGAGCGAGCCCAGAUCGAGGCCGCUCUCCGCGCAGCGUUCUUCAACCCUGACCGCGCCGUUGAGUACCUCUUGACCGGGAUCCCGGAGAGUGCUCAACAGCAACAGCCCCAACCAGCAGCAGCUGCUCCUGCUUCUGGCGCGCCGGCUGCUGCUCCGGCUGCGCAACCCGCCGAGGCAGAAGGUGGAGAUAACGUUAACCUCUUCGAUCUCGCUGCUCAGGCCGGUCGAGGUGGUAGCCGUGGAGGAGCCGGUGGCAAUGCGGCGGCUACUGCUACUGCUGCUGCUGCCGCAGCCGCAGCCGCAGCCAGUGCUACCCCUCCCGGAGGUGGACGGGAUCUCGGAAACCUUGACUUCUUGAGAAACAAUGCCCAGUUCCAACAGCUUCGACAGGUCGUUCAACAGCAACCGCAAAUGCUCGAGCCGAUUCUGCAGCAGCUUGGUGCUGGAAACCCGCAACUCGCCCAGCUCAUCGCACAGAACCCCGACCAAUUCUUGCAGUUGCUUGGUGAGGACGGCGAUGAUGAUGCCCCUCUGCCCCCCGGUGCCCAGGCUAUCAGUGUGACCGAGGAAGAGCGUGAUGCGAUUGAGCGAUUAUGUCGUCUGGGUUUCGACCGUGAAGCGGCGAUUCAGGCGUACUUUGCAUGCGACAAGAACGAGGAGCUGGCCGCCAACUUCCUGUUCGAUCAGCCCGAGGAGGACGACGCGGCGUAG